UCAUGCUAACUGUUUACAGUUGUGUUAGCUUCCAGCUCCAGCUCCAGACUUACUGAGGGAGUUAAUGCAGGACUGAAGCGCUAAGGACAUGCUCGCUUUGAAUUAAAACACACUUCUCCCAGAAAAAGAAACGUUGCGACAACACACAGGGUGCUUCAACAUGUCGGGAAUUAAAAGGAAGAUCCAGGACAAUGAUCCAGACUAUGAGGAGGUUUCUCAGGUCCAGAGCAGUAAGAGAAACAAAGCAGCAGAACAUAACGCUCGAGAAGCCACAGUGCAGAAGAUGGAGAGCAUCAUCAGGGAGCAGUUUUCCCUGGAGAUGAAGAACAAGGAGCAUGAGAUAGAUGUGAUCAGUCAGCGGCUUAAUGAAGCCAGGAGGAUGAUGGACAAGCUGCGGGCCUGCAUCGUGGCAAAUUACUACGCUAAUGCUGGGAUUACCAAGUUACCAGAGCUCUCCUCCAGGAGCGACCCCGCCGUGCUCAACCACCCCGCCAUCCGUCGCUUCCUGGAGUCGCCGUCCCGCUCCUCCUCGCCGCUGCAGCAGGGCUCCGAGACGCCCUCGGCGGUCCAGUCCGAGUCCGAGAGCCUCUCCCAGGGAGACGGAACCGAGAGGAACGGGGACGGGGCGUGGAGAGAGGAGCGCCGGCCGGGGAGAAACACGGGAAAAGACACGUUUGGCGUGCCGCCGUCCGCGGGGGCGGAGCCGAGGGUGACGUACCACACCACGGGGGACGAGGCGUCCAGACUCUACGCCAAGAAGACCAUCGUCGUGGGGAAUGUUUCCAAGUACAUCCCCCCCGACAAGCGCGAGGAGAACGAUCAGUCCACCCACAAGUGGAUGGUGUACGUCCGAGGCUCCAGGCGAGAGCCCAGCAUCGACCACUUUGUGAAGAAAGUCUGGUUCUUCCUGCAUCCCAGCUACAAACCCAACGACCUGGUGGAAGUCAGUGAGCCUCCGUUUCAUUUGACGCGCCGCGGCUGGGGCGAGUUCCCUGUGAGGAUCCAGAUCCACUUCAAAGACCCUCGCAACAAGCGCAUCGACAUCAUCCACCAGCUGAAGCUGGACAGAACAUACACCGGCCUGCAGACGCUCGGGGCAGAAACUGUGGUCGACGUGGAGCUUCACAGGGACUCUCUCGGGGAAGACUUCAUUCCUCAGCCGUCUUCCUCCAAGGUGACCCAGCGGGCCGCCAGCCCUCCGACGGCCUUCGGACACGCCCACUCCCCCGUCGCACAGGACGGCAGCGCAGACAAAGGUUUCAUCAAAGCGGAGCCGGGGAGGGCUGCAGGCCUCGCCGCUGGUGAACGCACUCCGACACGGCCCAAAGCCGGGGACAGGCUCUCUCUGGGUUCCCACGGCAACUCUGCCUUCCAGCCGAUCACGGCCAGCUGUAAGAUCGUCCCUCAGGGACAGCCGCCGAGUCCGGCCGAGUCUCCCGGGAAGUCCUUCCAGCCCAUCACCAUGAGCUGCAAGAUAGUGUCAGGGUCGCCGAUCUCCACGCCGAGCCACUCCCCACUGCCCCGCACGCCCACCGCCUCCAACCCCGGCCACGGCAAGCAGGGCUCCUCGUCCGUGAUCAACAAUCCCUACAUCAUCGUGGACAAGCCGGGCCAGGUGAUCGGCAUGGCCUCGUCCUCUGCCGCGCCUGCAGGAAGUCCCUCCUCCAAGCAGUCUGCAGCUCCCGGCGCUCGCUCUCCUGCUCCCAAAGUUCAUACAGGAACCUUCCUGUCCUCCGGGGUCAAGGUUAUUAUAAAGCAGGAGCCGGGGGAAGUUUCGACGCCGCAGCAGAUGGUUUCCACGGUAACCAGUCAGCAGCAACCUGCCGCUACAGCCGCACACCAGUUUGUCGCAGUGAAGGGGGGUCACAUGAUCUCCAUGUCGGCCCAGAAGCAGGCCGGGGGGGCCACAGGGGCCACGUCGAGCAAGAUGUUGGGUAUUCCUGUGAGCUCGGCUCUUCAGUCCUCCGUCAAGCCGGUGGCCAUCAGCAGCGGGCAGAUUCUUGUUGCCAAGGGCAACCCCUCCGUCUCCAAGGUGAUGGGAGGGAAGCAGGUUCUCGCUCAGGGAGUCGCUAAAGCCAUCGUCAGCGGCGCCGGCAGCAUCUCGGGGCAGCCGGCGGCCGGCAAGGUGGCCGGCGGGUCAGGGGGCAAGAGCGGAGUGAUGGCCACUCUCCAGCUGCCAGCCAACAACCUGGCCAACCUGGCCAACCUGCCGCCAGGCACCAAGCUGUACCUGACCACCAACAGCAAGAACCCGUCGGGGAAGGGCAAGCUGCUGCUCAUCCCCCAGGGAGCCAUCCUGCGAGCGUCCAGUGCAGGUCAGCAGUCCCAGAGCGGCUCGUCAGCGGGCUCCGGCAGCUCCCAGAACGCCGCCGCCUCCUCGUCUUCGUCCUCCUCCGGCAGUCUGCCUUCCAACCUCUCCUACACGUCCUACAUCCUGAAACAGACCCCCCAGGGCACGUUCCUGGUGGGCCAGCCGGCGCAGGGCUCGGGGAAGCAGGGCGGCUCCGGGUCCGCGGCCUCGGCCCCCGCCUCUGUUACCCAGCAGGCCAUCCGGGUGACGGCGGGACAGAAGGCGGCCAUCCUGGCUCAGGUGGUGGGCGGGUCCCAGGGCGCCCAGGUGAAGCUGUCGGACGGCUCCGUGAAGACGGUGACGGCGGCGGGGGCCGGCCACUUGUCCAAGCCGGGCACCACCACCCUGAGGAUGACGGGGGGAGUGAUCACGGCCGCCAGCUCCUCCCCCGGCUCCGUCAGCCAGCAGCAGGCUGCUGAUGGCGGGAAGUCGUCCUCUCAGCAUCACUCGCUGCUGGUGGCGGCGAACCAGGCCGCGGUGAUCAGCGCGGCUAAAAACGCCAGCGCCGCCGCCGCCGCCGCGGGCGGUCUGUCCAAGGCCGCCGUGGCCUCCCUGGUCAAGGGGGCCGGCGGCUCCGCCUCCGUGACCAAGAGCGCCGCGGGCUCGUCCGGCGCCGUCAUGACGGUCGCCAAAGGCGUCACCAGCAUGCCGGUCGUCGGCAUGUCUAAAGGCGCCAGCGUGGGGGCGGUGGUGGGCGUGGCCAAGAGCGGCGGGACGUCGCUGGUCAGCGCAGCCUCGCUAGUGAGCGGGAUGGCGGCGGGAGGCGGGAAGACGGGAGCGACGCUGUCAGGUAUGCUGAAGAUCCAGUCCGGAGGCUCCAGCUCCCAGCAGACCGUCCUCACCAUCCCCGCCAACCAGCUCAAGCAGCUGGGCGGCGGUGGCGGCGGCGCCGGUGCCGGCGGCUCCGGGGGGCUGCAGACAUUAUACAUGCCUGUCAGUAAAGUAUCUAAAGGCCUGGUCUCUGGUGCCCCCUCCUCUUCCUCCUCCUCCUCCUCCUCCACCGCCACCCCUGCAGCCUCUGGAGCCUCACCUGGUCCUGCCAGCGCCCCCGCCUCCUCCACCUCCACCUCCCUCACCCCGUCUCUGGCACAAGUGAAGACGGAGCCGGGUGCCGGCACGUCCGUCUCGGCCGCCCCAUCGCCGCUGGUGACCGCCCCCGCCUCCGCUGCCGCCGCCGCCGCCACCGUCAAGCAGGAGCAAGGCGCCGACACCUCCACGCACGAGCUCAUCAACACGGAGCACAUCGAGACCAUGAUGCAGCUGCUGACGGCCGUGGUCCGCAGGUUCCCGCUCAUCGUGCCAGAGAAGACCGAGGACUCCCAUCCGUUCUGCGCCUCUUCCACGGAGCAGUAUUAUUCCUGGAAUAUCGGGAAGCGCCGGGCGUCAGAGCUCCAGCGCGCCGUGGCGGUGAAGCGAGUGGUCCAGGACGUGCUGGACCGCUCGCCCCGCCUGCAGGCCCUCACCCCCCCGAAGACCAGGGAGGUGGUGCAGUGGUGCCGGCAGAGGGGCUACACGCCGCCCGACCCCGAGCCGCAGCACCGCAGCCAGGACGAGUCCAUCGAGGACAUCCUGACGCAGAUCGACAGCGAGCCCGAGUGCCCCUCCACGCUGAGCAGCUGCGAGGAGCUGGUGCUGCGGGUGGAGCAGAUGCAGGCGCUGCUGAAGACCGAACCGGACGAGGUGGACGAGGAGAUCGUGGACAUCGUCACGGUGACGCCGCCCUGCCAGAAGCUGAAGGUCAAGGAGGAGGAGCCCGAGGCCGACACGGAGCCCAAGUUCUUCCUGGGUCCCUGCGUGUCCGCUCAGUUCGUCAAUGAGACGGCGCAACAGAUCGGAGUGGCCUUCCAGCCUGUGGAGGUGGAGAAGAACGUCUUCGCUCCGGUGGUGGAAGCCAUGAUCCUGAAGGCUACAGAGCAGUUCUGCAGUGACCUCCUGAGAGAAGCUCUGGCCGGAGCGUUUUCCAAAUCCCCUCUGAACAGGGCGCCGAGGGAGAUCACGGCCAUGAACGUCCACCAGGCGGCCUGCAGCAUCCCCACCGCCGACUUCCUCACCAACACACACAUGGGCUACCUGGCCAAGGACCGCUGAGGAGGACGCUCAGGUGGCGGUUCGGUGUGGACGGACGCUCGUGGCCACCAGGGGGAUGAAGCUGGAGCGACUCUGACUCUCAUCCACACACUCAUGUUCCGAACACACACACAUCCUUCAUCAGCAGGGACUGUGAGACAGAGAGUGUGUGUGUGUGUGUGUGUCACCGGCCGGUGGAAGAGAGGCAGGUGACUUUACACUGAGCAGACUGUCAUUCUGAGUAAAGAUUCCUUAUUUAUGUCCUCCUGCUUUUAAAGCCUCUUUAAGCUUUUAAGUGUUCACUUUAUGUGAUGUACAGUAUAUGUUCUAUUUUUUUAUCUAACCACAGUAACUGUGUGUGCGUGCGUGUGUGUGUUGUAACUCGAACGUUACACUGUAUUCAGCCAAAUCACGUUAGUGUAGAAAAUACCUAAAUGUUGUAUUUUCAUGUUUCAGGUCACAC